UCACCCUUCGUCCAGUCACAGUGGAGGGAGAGGGCUGCAGGUUACCCAAACAUCACCGACACACAGCUGGAGAAGCAACACGACAACAACAUGAGAAUUACACUAAUUCCCUUAUUGUUGGUUGCUUUCUGUGUCCCUGCCCUCUGUGGCAAAGAGGUGCAGCCAGUCCCCAACACCGAGGCCCCGCCAGAAACCCGUUCCCGCUUUGCCGCUCUGGACGAUGUGCGUCUCCUGGCGAAUGGCCUCCUCCAGCUGGGCCAGAGCCUGCGGGAGUUUGUUCAGAAGACCAAAGGACAGAUAAAUGACAUCAUCCAGAAGCUCAACAUCUUUGACCACUCGUUUUACCGGCUCUCAGUGAUCGCUAGUGAAAUCAAAGAGGAAGAAGAGGAGUUGAAGAAGACCACAGUGGUGUUGAAGGCCAAUAACGAAGAGAUCAAGGGCAUGUCUGCUGAGAUCAGCUCCAAAUUGGACAGCAUCAUGCAGGAGAAGAGUCAGCUGCAGAGCAAGGUGGAAGGGCUUGAGGAGAAGCUGAGCAUCUUGUCAAAUGAUCUGGUGACGAGUGAACAAGUGGCAGAGAUCAAAGGCCUCAGGGAGGUGAUCCACAGCCAGGAGCGGAGCAUCACAGAGCUGCUGAAGGCUGUGAGCGAGCAGAGCGACCAGCUCAACUACCAGAGGGUUAAGAUCAGGAAUCUGGAGGAAAAGCUUACAGUCAACACAUUGACCCAAGAGACCAUUGAGAGGAUGCCUGAAAACUUCAACAGUGAAGCACCAACACUUACCCCAUAUGUGACCUCAAGCUCCAGCAGCAACACCAACAUGAUGAAUCUUCCAUCAGACUGCAGUGACCUGUUCAACAGAGGGGAACGAGUCAGUGGCGUCUACGCCAUCAGACCCAUCAGAAUGGAGCCCUUCAUGGCUUUCUGUGACAUGAGCAGAGAUCAUGGAGCAACAGUCAUCCAGCAAAGGAGGGAUGGCUCAGUGAACUUUGAUCAAACCUGGGAGAAGUAUGAAAAUGGGUUCGGAGAUUUUCAAGGGGAGUUUUGGCUGGGUCUCAGGAAGAUCCACUCUCUCUCCGCUCAGGGCAACUCUGUCCUUCACAUCCAGCUGGAGGACUGGAAACAGGGCAGGCGCUUCAUCGAAUACAGAUUUUUCCUUAAUGGUCCUGACAGCAACUACACCAUUCACCUCACACAUCUGUCUGGAGAUCACCUGUCGGACCCCAUGAGCAACCACACAGGGACGAUGUUCUCCACCAAGGACAGGGACAACGACAGCCACCAAGACUCCAACUGUGCUCACAACUACACAGGUGGAUGGUGGUUCAACGCCUGUGGAGACACCAACCUGAAUAGCAGAUAUUUCCAUAUGAGGUCUAAGGGGCGCUCCGAGCGCAGGAGAGGGAUCCAGUGGAGACCAGGCCGGAAGGCUUCUUACUCCCUCAAGCUCACCCAGAUCUCUGUUCACACUGUGACUUCCCCCAGCACCGCCUCCUCUGACACAGGUGCUUUUUUGUGAUCCAGCACCUGCAUUCUCCAGUAAAAUACUGCUUUUAACAUCAGCCUCUUCAGGAGAGCCUUGGCAAUGCUUUAAUGUGGGCAGCUGCAGGAGGAGGAGGAAGAUGUGUCCUCCAAGUGUCACUUUCCGGUAGAUUAAGUCCCAGAGGACGCUGAAUGUGCUUUACAAUUCUGAGUGCUUGUUGUAUGCUAAACUGAGAAAGCCAAAAGAAAGUAUUACUGCCUGAGUCAGAAUGGUCUCUUAUCUAACAGAACACUUGUAAAUUAUCAAAAAUGUACUGAAAUGCAGUUAGCAGUUAGCAUGCAAUCUUCACUCACUCAAAGGUUAUAGAGGAGAAAUUAAAAUAUUCAGCCAUAUGUGAGCAGUUUUUAUAUUGGGUCACAUUGACUCUCAGUGUAUGACAGUGGUUCCCAACAUGGGGGGCGGGACGCCUUGAAGGGGUCAUGAGAUACAACUAAGAAGCCGGGAGAGAAUUGUAACAGGAUAUGAAAGUUAAAUGUAGUUUUGCAAUGGACUUUGUUUGUUUUUAUGUGAAAUACUGUACAGAUUAAGUGCUUCUGUCCUUUAGGAAAUACUUAAAUAUACAAAGGCCUACAUCGAAUGGUUAUUUUCUUAACAAAUGAAUUACAAAAGUCAGAAAAUAGUAAUAAAUAUACAUAAUAGUAAUGUUGCUUUGGCAGGCCCAACCAUUUAAAAAUAAAUACAUUUAAAGACUAAGAAACCAACAAUUAUUCACUUUUUACAGGCCAGAACUUUUUGUUGUCAUUAUUGGUAAGAAAAUCACUAGUGAAACCACGGUUCCACUAGUGAUUGUCACAAUAUUAUAUUUAAGCAAACUGAAACAAUUAGCUGAAAAUGUAUCAGCACUAUGCUGCUAAUUCAAUAAUUGCAAUUAUAAGUAUUAAGUAAUUUUCUUACCAAUUAUGACAACAAAAACUUAGAUUAUGACACAAUGGGCAGUUGGGCAAAGGCAUAAAAAGACCCCACCACCUCUGCUAUAGGUGCAAAACACACAGACUUAGUUGUUUAGCUACUUUUUGGUGUUGUUUUGUAUCUUUUUGUAGUUGUUUUGUGUCUCUCUCUGUGGUUUCCUGUUGUGGUCAUUUCGAGUCUUUAGUUGUUUUGGGUUUCUUCUUAGUUGUUUUGAUCUAUUUGUAGUUGUUUUGUGUCUCUUUUUAGUUGUUUUGUGUCUUUUUGUAGUUGGUCUGCAUAUGUAUGUAGUUGUUUUGAUCUAUUUGUAGAUGCUUUGUGUCUCUUUGUAGUUGUUUUGUAUAUGGCUGUAGUUGUUUUGAUCUCUUUGUAGUUGUUUUGUGUCCAUUUGUAGUUAUUUUCCAUUUGUCUGCAGUUGUUUUUAUAUCUUUGUAGUUGUUUUGUGUCUCUGUGGUCAGUUUCAGUCUCUCCCAGGUUGGUAAGUGCCAAUUUAAGUGACAUUUAUGUGAAGGCCAGAAGGGUCCCUUACACUUGUUUGUGCCCAGUGGGCUCAUAAAGUAAUCCAUCCAUGAGUGGAACAGCUUCCAACACAUUCACAUCUGUAAUCCUAAGAACACAUUGCUUCAUUCUGAGGGGUCAUGAGGCAAAAAAAAGGUUGGGACCCACUGCUAUAGAUAACACUCAUCUUAAGUUCACAUGCUCUUUUUUAUAUACAUUUGCUAUAUUUCAUUAAUUUAAAUGAAUAAAAGUGUGAUGAUGACUUCAUAUAAUGCGUGAGUGUUCAGGCAGGUGUGCUAUGUGUAAAAUAUAAUGCAACCUUUAUUAACUAACUUACCAAGACAAACUUUUAUAACAUCCUAUUUGUUUUUAUGGGCUGUAGAUUGUCAUUGGUCAGGCACAGAAUGGUCUUUCUAUGUCAACAGAGUAAUGUCAUCUCUGAACUAAUAAUGCCAACUUUGUUGAUGCCAAAGUCUAGUAAAUAAAUGACUAGAACCUGUUUGUGCUAUUGCAACAUACUGAAACUGUCACUGGAAGGUUUUGAACUCUUUUAUACUGUGUUGUUGGAAUGCUUAAUAAACUCUAGAGGGCAGUGUUGCUCUGUCUCAUGCACAUACCUCCCACUCUGAUCUGAUUAUGCUGCUUGUAUAAUUAGAUUUGACAAAUUACGUUUGUUUUGAUCGCAGAUACUUUCCGAACACCACAUCUGCUAUUUUCAGUUUGCGCUUCUAAUGAUUCUCUAAUUGCUCCUCACACUCUCUGUUCACACACUCUCAGUUUUUGGAAACAGAAAAU